AUGACACACGACCUGUCUGAAAAGAACACCCAGGAUGGGACUAUACACGAUAAUGCGAAAUUUGAUCAUAGUUCAUUGGAGAUCGACCAUGUGGCGGAACGAAAGCUCAUUCGCAAGCUCGAUCGAUGGAUUGUGCCACCAGUGAUGCUCCUCUAUCUGUUCUCCUUCUUGGACAGAGUCAAUAUCGGCAAUGCACGUCUUUAUGGCUUGGAGCGAGACCUUGGAAUGCGUGGUGACCAAUUUCAAACUGCUGUUUCCAUCCUCUUUGUAACAUAUAUCUUAUCGGAAUUGCCCUCCAAUCUCGUGAUCAAGAAGUUUAGACCAAGUCGUUGGUUAGCUUUCUUGACAACUUCCUGGGGACUGGUAGCGACAUUGACUGGCAUCGUUCAAAGCUAUGGUGGCCUUCUAGCAUGUCGACUCUUUCUAGGAGCCCUCGAGGGUGGACUUUUCCCAGGUCUUACCAUCUAUCUGACUCUGUUUUACACUCGACGAGAAAUCGCGCUCAGAGUUGGAUAUCUCUUCGUCAGUGCAGCGAUAAGCGGAUCUGUUGGAGGACUGCUCGCGUAUGGAAUAGGUCAUAUGGACGGCGUUGCUGGACAGCGAGGCUGGCGCUGGAUUAUGAUCAUCGAAGGUCUCCCCACAAUCGUCCUCGGCAUCGCUGUGUGGUGGUGGCUAGCUGACGAUCCAGAGCAUGCGCACUACCUGACUGCAGAGGAGAAGCAGUUGAUGAUCGUUCGCAAAGAGCGCCAAUCUGGAUACAGCAAAUCGGCAGACGAGUUUCAGAAGGAGGACGUUAUACUUGGUCUCAAAGACUGGAAGAUAUGGAUGUUCUGCCUUGGCCAAUUUGGCGUCGACACGAUGCUUUACGGCUAUUCAACCUUCCUGCCGACCAUCAUUCGAGGUUUAGGCACGUGGACCACGGCUGAAGUUCAAUGUCUGACAAUUCCUUGCUACGCUAUUGGAGCAAUCACUUACUUAGUUGCUGCGUGGGUUAGUGACAGGCUACAAAAACGAGGUGUUGUGACUGUCAUCUUCGGUGUCGUCAGUUGUAUAGGAUAUGCUGUGAUGCUGAGCAACGCGAGCAACGGGGCCAAGUAUUUUGGUUGCUUUUUGAUCGCAACUGGACUCUACGUGGUAGUCGGCAUUCCUUUGGGCUGGCUACCUUCCAACAAUCCGAGAUACGGCAAAAGGACAACAGCCACCGGUCUGCAGCUUACCUGCGGUAAUCUCAGCGGCAUCAUGGCACCUUUCAUCUACAGGACUGCAGACGCGCCACGGUAUAUCACCGGUCAUGCUGUCAGUCUAGCUAUGGUGGCGAUGGCGGUCGUUGUCUAUGCAAUCCUGUGGUUUUACUUCUCCAAUGCAAACAAACGGCGAGCGGCUGGCAAAGAGGAUUGGAAGGCCGAAGGGAAGACCGAGGAAGAGGUCGCUGAGAUGGGUGAUAGAUCGCCACGCUUUAUCUAUACGUAUUGA